AUGGACUGUUUCAUUCAAAAGCUGGAGAAGGAACCCACGUUUCGUGUGAAAGAUAAACAUUUCUAAAAUUCUGUUAGUGUUGAAUUAAACAAAAUGUGACAAGAAAAAUCUAUUCAGAUCAAGUUCGAAAAGUGGAUAUGAUCGGAAUUUUGUUUCAAAACACUACUGUCUAUUUAAUUUUAUAAUAUUUCCUGUAUAUGUUGAUACAAAAAUCGCUGUUUUGUAUUGGACUAUUAUAUUUAAACGUUGCAUUUAAUAACUGUAUAAGAUAAUGAAAUUCAUAUUGCUGUUCUAAAGGAAUUACAGGCUUAUAUGGAAUGUAUAUAUUUGCUGUUGACAAAAGUAUGCGAUCUUUGAGGACUGUUUUUACUAUUUUGGAAAUAAACGCAUAACCUCUAUAUCUGACUUCAUUCGGAAUAGUUCGAGAAAGACAAGGAUAACAUAUAUAGUACAGGGUAAAUAAACAUUGAGUUCUUUUCGGAAAUGGAAACCGAUUUUCAAGAUUUCAGAACGUCAGAACCGGACAAAAACAAUGACAGUGCAACGAGAAAUUUACUCAGUUUUGUGGAUAUGGCAUCCAGUAAUAUAAAACUGGCACUGGACAAGCCAUCUAAAUCUAAACGGAAGGUUAACCAUAGAAAAUAUCUACAGAAACAGCUGAAAAGAUGCUCCAGUUCCAAAACAGGCAAUCCUGAUGAAUACAAGGUUAGUGAGGUACAAAGUCAUCCAAAUCAAAAGGUACACAGGCGGGAGACAUCACAAAUCGGGGUACAAAUAAAAUCUUUACAGGCUCUGUUCGAUCCAAGAACUUUACAUGAAAAGUGUUGCUCCGAUAAAUCAGGAAAGACUGUGCAAAGUUCUUCGAAAACACCACUUCGCAAACGAAAACUUCCGCCUUCCUUUUUCACGGAACCGAGACAUGAUCUCCAUGACAACCCAAUGCAGAGUCAAUUUACAUUUCAAAACAAUGAAUAUUCUUUAUAUUCAAAUGAACUUUCUACCGAAAAUGGACCUUCACUGCCAAAUGAUACAAUAGAAUCUAUUCUUGGACAAACAGACUUUCAUGACCUUCUCAUCGGGUCAUGGAGCGAUGGAAACAGCUCAGCAAACUCCUCGGCAUUUUCUGCCUAUGAUGGAAGUAAUGCAAACUUUAGUCCUGAAUCUUACUCAGAUUCAUCGGACGGAAGUUGUAGCGUUUCUCCUAAAGUGCAACAAGUACAACAACUUAGAUUUUGUGAUAGUAACAAUAGUACAAGAGACUGUGUGCCGGCCAUUUCAACCUACGAACAAUUUUAUGGUGAUACUGGAUUGUCUUCUGAUUUUUUGUUAAGCAACCAUACACCAGCUGAUCAAAUUACAACGUCUACUUUUUCUUCGUCCGGCUUUGAAAAUGUAACGUCUUCGACUAAUGAAGGAUUUUUACCAUUAUUAAAUGAACCUUUGGAUAAAUGUGAAUAUUUUUGCAGUGAUUCAAUUGUGGACAACAGUACAAACAUUCAAGCCCAAACCAGUGUGUUACCAGCAUUUCCACAAGCUUUCUACGGACACAGUAACACUCAGGAUAAUUCUAACAAUCCGCCAUUAAUGUUGUCUGACAUAUGUGCAUGGGAAAAGGCGUCACAAUUCAAACCUUGUUACACCUAUUUGUGA